AUGAUCUAUGUUCAGAGAACCCAAUUGGUGAGCUGUUGUUUGAACUGUGAGACUCUUGUCCUUGAAGGUCUGAGUGAUUGUAGAUUGGAGAUGGUGGUCUCUGUUGGUUGUCAGCAAGCUAUUGAAGAAAAGGUUCGAGCUUUGGUGGAGAAAUUGAACCCCAUCCCCUUCAUACCCAACAAGAUCCCCGAUUUCGCCAAGCACGAGAGGCUUCUGGCAAAUCUCGGCCUAUGGGACUUCGUUCACAUCGAUUUGGAUAGAAACAUAAGGGUCGAUUUGAUUGCGGAGCUGAUUGCUACUUACGAGCCGAAAAUUCGAGCUAGCUAUGUCGAUGGUUAUCGAAUCUCUGUCAGUAGAGCUGACCUGGCCCGUGCUUUCAAGUUGCCUGUGAAGAAGAAGGGGACUGCAGCAGGUGGGUUUGAUGUUGACCUGGAAAACGAGCCUCUCUCAGACGAGUCAAUAGGGUUUGUUAGCGAGCUUGUUUCAGACUGGUUGCUUUUGCAUGAGGAGGACACGUGGAUGAUGCCAAAUGAGGUGACCGAUUGGUUCAAGCUGAUAAGAGACGGGCAUCCGGAGAAGGUGGAUUGGGCUAGCAUGUUCUGGUUUAUGGUGGAGAAAGAGUUGAAGCAAGGAAGUCAGUUAAGGGACUGCCACUAUGCAUCCCAUUUGCAGCACCUGAUCAAGUGUCAGCGUGAACAUUUGUUUUCUGCAGUGAAACCUGAUUCCGAAAAUGAUAAGGAAGAAGAUCAUGGAGUUAUUAAAGAAGGGGUUGAUGUUGAUGUGAAUGUUGUUGGUGAAAAAACUAACAAUCUAGAGGAAAAGGAUUUUCCAGUGGAAGGACCCAGCACGGUACUUUCGCUCGGACAGGAUGGUGAGAAAGAAGAAGUUGUAAAAGAUGUCGAGAUGGUGGAUGAAAAUUGCAAGGAUCGUGAUGGUGAUGAUGAGGUGGCGGAGGAUGGGGACGAGCAAGGGCAGUGGCUUUUUAAUGGGACAAACGAGUUUGGAAAGCAUUUUAUGAGGCGUUGUGCUGCAAAACAUAAUGAGGAAUUUGGGAGAUUUGAUGAAAAAAAGGAGGAAGAAGAAGAAGAAGAAGAAGUACAGAUUGAAGAGGAUGAGGUGCCGGAGGAGGAGGAGGAAGAUGGGGACGAAAACGAGAAUAAAUUUGGUCUUUCCCCGAGCCACCAUGAUUCUCUCAACAAGGAAGGGUAUACCGGCAAUUACCUUCAAUCAAUGGAAGUAAACCAAAUGGCCUUCAACCCACAAGAUCAGCUUGGUAGGCAAUCUUCAAUGGAUGACAUGAGCCUGUUCAACAAUAUGGGGAAGAGGGUGCUCGAGCAAAACGAAACCCAUCUCAUGGAUAAUCCUAACGAGCCGAACAAAAAAUUAAGGAUAAGCAAUUCGUGGGACCACAACAACAAGCACAUGGAUUUCGGCGCUAUAGAGUCUGGUCGAUUAAAUAAUAUUGUGCAACUCCAUCUGCCACCGAUCGCACUCCGCCAACGGCCGCCGGACAUCGCGUGCACACACACACACAAACAUCCACCUCCAUGGGAAUUGAGUCUUAAAAAAAGAAAAACGAAAAUCACAAGCAGCUCACUUGUUGUCCCGCUGGCGUCCGGCCCGUCGAUGGCGUCGGCUGAGACAUCAGCGAAUCAGGCUAAGGCGUCGUGCUCCGGCGAUAGUCAAGGGCGGCAGGGAGGUGCGCCGGCGAGAAAUGCGGCAUAG